GGAUCGGGGCUGAAACGAUACUAUCCGCCCACGUGCAUUCAAUAAGUACCGUUGUGUUGGGGCUACAGAUUUCAGAACAGACUGAGAUAGCAGCCAACGCGUUUGUCUUUUGCAGCCUACGAGAGCAGUGACUGAAAAUGGCAUCAAUGGGACUCCAGAUUCUGGGCAUAGCCCUGUGUGUGUUCGGGUGGCUGGGAGCCAUUAUCACCUGCGUCCUUCCCAUGUGGAGAGUGACCGCUUUCAUUGGGAACAACAUCGUGGUGGCGCAGAUCAUCUGGGAAGGGCUUUGGAUGAACUGCAUUGUUCAGAGCACCGGGCAGAUGCAGUGUAAGGUGUACGACUCGCUGCUGGCCCUCUCGCAAGACCUGCAGGCUUCCAGAGCUCUGACCGUCAUUGCCAUUGUGGUGGGAGUCCUGGGCAUUCUGAUCUCCAUCGUGGGAGGCAAGUGCACCAACUGUAUAGAAAACGAGGUAACUAAGGCUAAAGUUACCAUUGUAUCUGGAAUCGUCUUCAUCCUGGCUGGAGUGCUCACCCUGAUCCCAGUGUCCUGGUCUGCAAACACCAUCAUCAAGGAUUUCUACAACCCACUGGUGACGGACGCCCAGAGGAGGGAGCUUGGAGCCUCCUUGUACAUCGGUUGGGGAACCGCGGGUCUGCUGAUCCUUGGAGGGGCUCUGCUCUGCUGCUCCUGCCCUCCCAAAGAAGAUAACACGUACUCGGCAAAAUACUCUGCGGCCAGAUCUACAGCUCCGAGCAAGAACUACGUGUAGACGGAACGGGCCAAUUCAGCAGCUGGCUACCGUUACUUCGGAAAAAUGACACUAUCGUUUAGUUUUGUCAGGCGCGUUUUGUUUGGACUGUGAGCUCUUUCGAGCAUACACUUGCCACGUAACUUACAAUGCGGGUUCAACGUACCAUCCAAAGGAAAGCUCAUGAAUUCGUUUGGCGCAACUUGUUACAAAUAUCGAUUUCCCCAAAUCUCUUCAACGUGGGGUGGGGGAGAUUAGUUUUAAUUGUUUUUGGGGGGGGAAACUAGUUUAGCAAUGGAUUCGAUAAUUUUGUGUGAGAAAGACAUUAGUUUCUUACAAGUAGAGUUUGUGUGACUGGUGUGAAUGGUAACUCGAGAAUCGGACACUAAUGUACAGCGAUAAAAUUUUUGCCGCUAUUUGUUAAUGGAUCCCAUUAAUCUGCGUCAAUCUAAAGAUGAGUUUUUUAUAUCGCUUUUUUAAAGCUUGUUUUAAUGUAAUUAAACUUUCGCGUUCGAAUGGUUUACAUUAUAUCCAAUAUUUAAUACAUUUUUUUGAAAUAAAUGUGUAUCCCUAAA